AUGGAGUGCUUCCAUUGGUACCCCGACAAUUACAAGGUCGCGUAUCAGAACCAGCUCAACAUGACCCAGCUGCACCAGCUCCUGGCGGACGAGGAUCAGCGCGUCAUCUUCGUCUACGGCUGUCUCAAGCUUCCCACCGUCCUGCGCGCCUAUUGUGACCAACCGGACAGUCUGCAGUUUGCCCGUAGGAUGCAGCCAGCCCGGGCGGUGGGGUACAGGCUGUACGAGCGGACUCCCAACGGCGCCCCGUUCAUGGUGUUCACCGGACAGGAGCACGAUGUUGUCGAAGGCAUGGUCGUCUUCGCGAUUGACCACGAGGAUGCCAUCACCAUGAUGCACGGUGAGAGCGGCGGGAUGGACGCUUGUCUGAUCGAAAUCGAGGCGGUCAUCGUUGAGGACGGCUCCUGCCUGGCCGAUCGCUGGGUCGAGGUGACCUACGCUCUGAAGGUGCACGCCCUGGUCUGGAACCGCAGUCUGGAGGGGAUGCACUGGAAGGGGGUCACCGAUUGGGCCGUCGACCUGUUUCUGCGCUCCGAGCAUUAUGACAAGUUCGUAAGUCUGUCGCUGACUUCCCUUUGGUGCGAUAUCCUCUAA